CCAGCAAGCCCACGAAGAAACGCGCGCUUGGGUCGUCGCGUCGGUCAGUGUCUGGGACUCGGAGGAGGCUCCAUGUUCCUCACCUCCGUCCUCCUCCGCGGUCGCAUUCCGGGCCGGCAGUGGAUCGGGAAGCACCGGCGGCCGCGGAACGUGUCUUUCCGGGUGAAGGAGAACAUGGCCCGCCGCCUGGAGGUGGAGGCCGAGAACCACUACUGGCUGAGCAUGCCCUACAUGACAGCGGAGCAGGAGUACGGCCACGCCGCGGAGCGCAGGGCCCAGGCUUUUGAGGCCAUCAAGGCGGCCGCCACUUCCAGGUUCCCCAAGCAUAGAUACGUAGCCGACCAGCUAAGCCACCUCAACGUCACGAAGAAAUGGUCCUAACCCGGAGCCAUCAUCACCUUUACCCUUAUGGAUACCAGACUGCUCUGCCCUUACCUGUUCUUGGAGCCGGAAAAAAAAAAAGUGUGAUGUAUGUAACUGUGAUUAUUCCCACCCACCCCCCUUCGACCAGGAUCUUAUUAAAACAAACACGA